AUGAGCUUUACCACCAAUCCGACUCUGGUCCCAGACAGGGGCAGCCUCCCGCUGAAAAAGAGAGACCAAAGAGCCGGUUCACCGUUGCAGCAGCAGCUCCAGAGGCAAACGCAGAGCGAUGCGGUACAUUUCAAAGCGCCGUACCCGUACAAGAGCCAAAACGACUCUAAACACAUGGGCCCGUUUCGACCUGUGCCCAGACGGGUCCCCCCGCUCUACCAGCCCUGGAUGCAGACACACGCUCCCAACAGGCCCAAACAACACAUCCCCUCCACUUUCAGAGAGCAUCACGGUUGGGCAGAGUGGACAGAGUUCAACGCACUCCCCCCUGGUUUGGACUUUUCCCACCAGCACCAAAACCACUUGUUCACCACACAAGCUUUCCAACCAGGCCAUCACCUAUGCUCCUCCAGAUUCGGCGCUGUUUCCCUUGUCGCCGAGGGUUUCCGCAGAGGGAGAGAAGGCCAAGAGAAGCUUAGGACGUUAAAAGAUAACGGUUGGAAUCCAGAGAGGCAGAGCUAUGGCAAGCACAAAGGUCCAUAUGCAAAGAGGGACGAUAGAAAAAUCGGCCUUUUUCCCAGGCCCGAUAAAGCAAGUCCCUCAUUACUGAGCACGUGUCUACCUCACCCUCUACAUAAAGACAUUGCUUGGCAACGUGGCUCAUUGCACAAUUCGACAAAAGCUGUCUCUGUGUCUGGACGUUCCCUCAUGAGAGUUUCACUUGAAAACUCGGACACCACAACGACAAAUGAGACAUCGAGACCCCCUACUGUUCCCAGUCCUGAACAUCCCGCUUCUCCGUCUAAUUCUGCCAACCGCUUCCCCUGGCUGCUCCCUCACUUCGUGGCGGGUUCUCUGAUCGAGCUAAAAGACGGACGGCUGAGGAAGGUGGAACACCUGCAGACCGAAGACUUCCUGCUCGGCUCGCUGGCUUGUCCAGACCUGCAUCUGAGCUGCUGCACGGUGAAAAGCAUCUCUCCCUCGGCGUACUCCUCCUCGGUCUCCCGCCUCCUCAUCCUGCUUCACGAUCAGCAGUCCCAGGAGCUGGUGGAUGUGUACGUGGAGUACCCGUUCUUUGUGCGCGGGCAGGGCUGGUCCUCCUGCAGCCCUCAGAGGACCGCCCGGCUCUGCGGCCUGCGCUGCCGACAGCUGAGCGUGGGGGACACCUGCCUGGCUCUCACGCCCGUCUGUGCCCCCGAGCCUUCGCCGUCAACCUCCCCGGGGCCGAAAACCUCGCCCGGGAAAGCGGGCGGAGGACGCGAGCCCGUGAAGGUACAAACUGCUCCGCGCGCCCAGGUUCCCCUCCAACUGAAGCAGCUCCCAGAGGGGCAGAGAGCAGGGAAAGAGGCGGCGCGCAGGAGACACUAUUCAGCCCCUUGA